UCUUUGCUCUCUGGACUUUCCAUUGAGAAGAUGUCCACCAAAGCAAAAAUGAGAUACUGGAGUUGGUUCGUUUUGGCCACCUUGCUGUGCCAGGAACUUUCCCGUUUCCGAGCUGCGGCAGCCAAGAAAGAGCGAAAGAAGGUGAAGGAGCCUAACCAGUAUACAGAACCCUUCAACACGACGCUCUCCAACAGUGAAGAACAGCACGAGCACUCCAAGAUGCUUGAGUCCCCAGACCCUCGCAUUACUGACCCGCGUCGCACGUGGAUUUCAUUUGUACAUCGUCCUGAUGAUGGCAACAACAAAAAGAGAUGCAGAGGGAAAGAUAAGAAAUUACGUGGGCUUGUUGGUCCCCCAGGCCCCCCGGGGCCACCUGGUCCUCCUGGUGCUGAAGUCACCCAGGAAGUCUUGCUGCAAGAAUUCAAGGAGAUGUUGAAAGAAGCUACUGAACGGCGGGCGUCGCCAGCUUUGCCAGCCCCUCCCAGUGAGGCACCCCCUCUUCUGCUGUCCCUGGAGGAACUGUCCCCCUACAAGCGAGUGGAGGAGGCUUUCCACUGUAAGCUCAAGGGGCAGAUCAUCGUGGACAAGAAAACCUUGAUGGAACUCCAGAACUUUCAGAUGCCUUUGACCAAAGGAGCUUUCCUCCGAGGAUCCGGGUUAAACUUAGCGACCGGGCGGUUCACGGCUCUGCUGUCUGGCAUUUAUCAGUUUUCAGCCAACGUCCACAUUGACCACAGUGAACUAAAAAGCAAGCUGCAGCUACGAGCCAGAGACAACGUCCGGGUACUGAUCUGCAUCGAAUCUCUCUGCCACCGAUACACGUCUUUGGAAGUGAUCGCCGGCCUGGAAAGUAAUAGCAAAAUCUUCACUGUUUACGUCCACGGAUUGCUGCAGCUACAGGCAGGGCAGUACACGUCAAUAUUCAUAGAUAACGGCGCCGGCGCACCAAUCACCAUUCAGAACGGUUCCGAUUUCAUGGGAAUGUUCAUGGGGGUCUAAUCCCAAAUGACCAGCAU